AGAUGCAUCGUUUCGGAGUUUUGGGUGUGUUCAUACUGGUCGUAGAUCCGGUCUUCUACUACAUUCAAAGCGAAGGAGAAUGUCAUGUGGUGAUUGGGAUACUGAACACGUCAUGCAGGUGCAUUCAUUGCAAAAAUUGGCUUCAAACAAAAAGUGAGUGACUAUUGCGUACAACAAUUUGAAGAUUUGAGUCCCUCCCGUUUUAUUCAGGUUGUUGAUUGACGGUAAAAGGGGAUGAUUGAGUUUGAUUGUAAUGGAAUCAUCCUCGGCAUCAGAAGGUGCUAGCCCUGAUGUCCGUCCUGUUAUCUGUGAAAGCCUUCUCGACCUCACCGACUGGGGGGAUCUUCUAGUCGAGCAAUCAAGUCAAGCGAGCAGUGCAGAGGAUAAUUCAUGUGCAAGCCCAGCAGAUGGGACUGCAGUGAGAGCGAGGAAAAGAAUUCGCCAUUCCUGGCCUGAAGUUUCUGUCAAGUUGGGUCAAGACGUGACAUAUAAUUGUUUUCCACAUGAACAUUUCAGCUUUGCCUUCAAGGACGUUAUUCUUCGAGAAGAAAAGAUACAAGAUGACGACGAUGACGAUGAUUUACCAGAAAUCAGCUUUGUUCCAUCUCCCGAAUCAACCAUACCACUCAAAAAGGAGAAGAGAUCGACGAAGACUGUCAAGGUGUCCCAUAACCGGAAGAGCGAUAAGAAAGCAUCAGUGCUCACAGAGCAAAGAGGCAAGAACACACCUGUGGCCCCACAUAGUAACUCUGAGGACAAAAAGGAAAAGCGUAAAGAGGGGCGGAGCUCGCCUCUCAUCACUUUAGCCGUAUCUUCUCUGAAGAAGCCGGGUGCUAUCAAGGAACGGAAGCUCAUAUCCAAUGUUGUGGUGAGUGGCUGUUCUGCUUCAGGGACAGUGGGCUCUAAGACACCUGUGGUGACCGUACAAACAGGAGUUCACAGUCCCGCAGCAAACAAAGGUGCUCACAGUCAACAGAGCAACGGUUCGCCGAAUGCCUUACAACUUCUGAACACCCCUCAGGAUGGCAGGGUUACCCCUACCCAUCCGAACCUCAUCACCAUUUUGCCCCCUACCCCACCAAAUGAACCAGUUAUGGUGCAACAAACCAUGUCCCGAGUUGUCCCGAAGGGACUUCCUCAAAAGCUUCCGAUGCCACAUGUGCAAGUGUUUGUCAACCCAAUGUCUGCCAAGCCAUCAAAUCCACAAGGUGUCAGUGUAAGUACAUUCUCAUCACCAACUAUCCAGCUCGUGAAGCCAUCCCAAGUUCUCACCCCGCCGAUUGAUAGGAAUGUUGCCCCUGGAAAGCAAGAACAACCUUUAAAGAAAACAGUACCACCCCUCCAAAAACUGGUAGAGCUUCCCAAGAAAACGGAACAGCCCCCUCAGAAGCUGGAAAAGCCAGUUCAAAAACUGAAAGACCCUAUUGAGGAAGUCGUAAAAGUUCUUCCAAAACCGGAAGAACCUCACGGAUACACACCCUCAAAGACUUCCUCAGAGACAACUUCACCCAAAGACCUCACCAGGACAAUUACAUCUGCUGAGGAAUCCUCAGAAUGUACCAAGAACUCCUCUGUUUCAUCGGCUACAGUUGAAUCUGUCAGAGUGGAAGAAGUGGACGAGGAAAUAGAAGUUGUUGAGAUUCUCAAGCCAUCCCAGGAUGAGACAGACUCUCAAGUAGAAGUCACUGAAUCAAAAUUAGAAUUAAAAGAGGAUACAAAAGAAGUGUUGUCUUCCCUGAAACGGAAGGCCCCGUCGAGUCCCUGCUCCACCUUACUCAAAAUCAAAUGUGAGAAGAUUGAUGCCGUUGUGCGAGUCAACAAAACCAAUGAAGAACUCUACCGUGCUGCUGCAAAGCAAGGCUGCUUCUUCAACGUGGUGGACAAGUCCAGCCGUCUUGGGGUGUGUCCUUGCGGGCGGGCCAACUCUUAUGAUGCCAUGAUUGCCUGUGACAAUCCAAAAUGUGAGGUGGAAUGGUAUCACUUCACAUGUGUAGGAGUCACCAAGGUGCCAAAGGAUGAGUGGUUUUGUCCGUUCUGCUCAAAAGAAGCAGCUGAAGCUCUGAGAUUAAAGAAAGAGAGAAGGAAAGAAUUGCGAUUGCGAAGGAAGAAGAGAGAAGAACUAAAGAGACAGAGGAUGAAGAAGGACCAAUUGGAGGAGCCCGGUCUGUGUCCUUGUGGGCAGCCAAACUCUUGGGACCGGAUGAUAGCUUGUGAUGGUCAAGACUGUUCUGUGGAAUGGUAUCAUUUCCGUUGCGUCGACGUCAAGAGUGCACCGGAUACAGAGUGGCUCUGUAUCUUGUGCAGGGAUAGUGCCCAAGAACCCCGCUCCAGUCCCUACGCGAAUAGGAAGAGGAAGCAUCGGCCGAUCCAGUAUUCCAUCUAUGGUGACGGUGAUGACGGAAGUGCAGACGAUGCCAAAGAAGAGAUGGAGUGGAAGGCAGACGAAUCCAGUGACGACUCUGACGGCUCAUCCGAUGGGGGUAAAGAGUCCGAGCACGAUGACAGCGACGACAACAGCCACGAUGCCAGAGACAAGGUCCGGGAGCGAGCGAGAAGCAAAUGGAGAGAGGCUCUGUCAAAGGAUGGUGACAUUGAUGAUGAUUCCGAUAGCGAGUCUUCUGAUGGCGAAGAUGAGUUGAGUCAGAGCCGACGGUCGAGGAGGAUGCGACAUAAAAAGAUUGAUUUGGACUUUGAGGAUGGGGCGGAGUUUGAUGAGGAUGCGGACAGUAUCAAGGACGAGGUAGUAAGGACUAAAAUCACUCCUAAAAGGAGAAGAAUGAGUUCUGGUGAAAAAAGAAGUCAAGGUUCGAACUCUAAAGCCCAGGAGCCUGCAGACAAGGAGAAGGGAUCUGUGAAAGUGGUGUCAAGCGGUUCUGGUGAUAAAGACUCUGUAGCUGUUGAAACAAAGAAGAUAGAAUCAGGAGGACGUUUCCUAAUCCAGGAAUGUAGCUCUUGUGGCACAGAGUUCGUCACCGAACCAACCGACGAGAGUGGCUCCAGUAACCAAGACGACCCCUCCAAGAUUCUAUGCCAUCUGUGUGUGAACAAAUCCAAGAACGGAGGAGAGAAGAGUCCCAAGGGCGGCAUCCUCCUGACCCUUUCUAAUACCAAAGAUACAGCCACAAAUCCUGCCACGGGGGGUCGGGAAGCCACCACAGAGCGGCAAGAAGCCACCACCAGCUCGUCGUCCGAGGGGGAAGGGAAGAAAGAUGGGGAUGCACAGGGAUCGAGAUCGACACGUUUCCACGAGAUCGUUGCGUGUAAGGUCUGCGGAAUGGGUUACAGGACAAGGGUCAGUUUAUUGAUCCAUAUGAAAGCCAAGCACCUGGGUCAUCUUGGUAACUUUGAGUGUGCGCCCUGUGACAGGCUCUUCAUCAGCCAGGAGGAGUGCGAACACCACAUGGCUUCAUUCCAUCACGUCUGAACAGUACCGGUGCUAUAUCUUGUGUGACCAGCCCCUUUGUUGUUUAAUCGUAUGUGAUCAAUGUAAAAUGGAAUUCAGUGGCGCUGGAACGAGUAGACAAAGAUUAGAAUGGGUGAACCAAUGUGUGUGAUUAAUGGAUCGCCCCCUCCCCCAGCUCUUUGACUGAGCUGAAUGUUCCAGCAUUGCUUAUAUAAUUUAUUUUGAUGUUUGGACAGCACAUGGUAUGUGUGAACACCCUAUGUUUGUGUGAACACCCUAUCCAAUUGUGCAUUUGGGCAAUAGAACAAGAUGUUCCAAGUCACAUAAUGUCAUUACCCCCUCAAGGCUUUUUCAAGUAAAAACGUCCAGCAGUCAUCCUUUGCCUUCCAUGUUUAGGACAUGUGAAUAUGGCCAUAUUCCAGCUUAGGCAAACCUAUUGGAAUUAUGGAUGAGUUCACACACCUAUACCAUCUAUAUACAAAUCAAGGAUUUAAGCUUCAUGAUAUGGGUAGCAUGAGGCUGUGUGAAUAUGACCAUAUCCCAUCAUUAACAGACCUACAGUGUAUUUAAAUUAUUGAUGCAUUCACACUUCUAUCCCACCGUUGUACAAAAACAAGUUUAGCAUCAUGAUACUAGUGUCUAGUUUGGUUUUUCAUUAUGAUUUAUGCUCAGGAAUUUCAACUUAUAUUAGGAGCAAUGUACCUGCUUAUGCAAUCCAUCAUAAUAUCUAACAAGGCUGUAGUGUUAUAUAACAUGUACCCAAUUAAGAGACACAUAAAUGUCAUUGAAAUAUAUUAAUUUGCAUGAAUUCUACACAAGCCUUAUCAGGGUUUUUUUUUUGCUAACACAAGGGUUUUGCAGUAUCUGUAGUACUAAUAAGUGCAUGCGGGUGUCCAGAUAAUUACACACUGUACUUAUACCUUCAGUUCAGCUCAUGCCAGACCCGAUUAGCCUCCAAACUAUUACUCAACAAUACUUCUUAAGUGCGUGCCUUAAAUUGAUGAAAAUAAUUCGGGAGCUUACAAAAAUAUGUACCAUGGUGAUUGAAACGAUGAUUAAUUGCCUCUUAUUUUCCCACACUCAACCGCCCCAUCUCACAAAGAGUUACGAUUGAUCCAAUCAAUCGUAACUCUAUGGAAAUCCAUCAGUGUCAUCAUUUUUUUCAACAGGAAAUGUGCACAAUGUCUUUUGUAAACAAAGAGAAGCACAAUUAAUUUUCAAGACGAUGAAUGCAUGAAUAUACGUCAUAGCUAGAAAAUAUUUUGAACAAACGUGCAUAAUAGAUGUUGACAUUGCUGGCCGUCCAUAGUUGCGAUCGAUCGGAUCAAUCGCAACUAUGGAGAGCCAGCAAAGUCAACAUACAAAAUGCAUGUUUGUUUAAAAAAAUUGUAGAUAUGAGUGUAUAUCCAUAAAUUCAUUGAUUUCUUGACAUUUUGGUGUGUUCUCUUUUGUUUACAAAGGACAUUUUGCAAAUUUCCUGUAGAAAAAAUUAUGACACUGAUGGAUUUCCAUAGAGUUACGAUUGAUUGUAUCAAUCGUAACUCUUUGUAAGAAGGGGUCCAGUUCUCUGAUGAUUUUGGUAGGGUAUUGAUGAUGAUGACGACUGUAGACCUAUUUCAGUAUUAUGUGUAAUUCAUUGUAAUUUGUAAAUAGCCUGUAGCGUAGUUUGUAUUCUAAAUACCACUGCGAUGUAGGGGACUGCUCUUGCUGAUGUGGAAAAUUCAGUUGUGAAUUUUUGUUUGGGGGGGUAAUAAAAGCAAAAAAGUUAUAGAUGGAUGUGAAGUUUUGAUGAAAUUACACCAAAGAGAGUUAUGAAGUUUUAUUUUGUGUUUAAUUUGUGACAUCAUAUGUGAGUAGCUUCCUCAUGUAUCAUGUAAUAUAAAUUCUGUUGAUUUCCUCUAUUUAAUGGAGCAGGAUAAACAAAUAUACUUAUACAAAUGAAGGGGUAUGAAAUUAUUUCCUCUUAUUUUUUAAGUGGCAUGUAUGGGGGAAAUUUAUAUUUCACGACAUAAUGUGGAGGAGCUACUUGUCUGAAGCAUCACAAAAAAUCCAAACUGAAGAAAUUCAAUUCAUAUAUUCUUUGAGGGAUUUUCAUCAAACCUCCCAAUAUUAUUUUUCUCUAUAAUUUUUCUGCUUUUAUUGAUAUCAAUUUAUCAUCAGGGUGAACAUUCCUUUGAACUUAUUCAUACUGUUCCUUGAGUUUCUUCAGGGGGCUGUUUCAUUACGACUAGCAACUAUAAUUGCCAUGGAAAUUUUGAUUCUGAUUGGCUGCUGAGCUCAGUUGUCAUGGUAAUGGUAAAGUUACAAUGAUUGCAAUUUAUGAAACAGGCCCCUGAUGAGAUGAGAAGAAUAUUGUAAGCAUUGGGAUACAAUCUUGUAAUCAAUGCAACAUUUUACAGGAAACAAGUGUUAUUGCACUUAUAAAUCUAAUGUUUGGGGGGGUGUUUCACAAAGAUUGAAGUAUGACUUAGAGUCGCACUUAAAUGCCGACGUGCUCAAGAUAUGCAACGCACAAAUUUUAUUGAUCAAUAUGCAGUAGAGCACAUCCUCUUGGCAUGAUCUGACCAAUGCGAUCAUACCUUCUACAGACCUGCCAACCAGUACGUUUUAGGCGUAUUUAGUACGUUUUUGCAACCAAAAUACGGCAGUACGUUUUUUCUUUAAAAAAUAUGUUUUUUGUAAAAAAACAAAAUCGUAAUUUAAUGAGAAAAAUCAUCUCUAUUUGUCUCUAUUUCAUAAAACGUAUAAAUAUGGUUAUUAGAUCAAUGUAAUUUCAGGUAACUUGUUUUUUUUUUCAAUUAUUUUGUUAGAACCAGUGUGAAGAUAUACACAUGCUUCAAUGUUUUUUUUUCAUCUGCAAGAGCAGUGCGCAAUUUAGCUUGCAUGCAGCUUGAGAUGAGCGAGUGCGCUAAGCAUUUUUUAUUAUGAAAUACACUUUUUUGGGGAAAAAUACAUUUUUUUUAUCACAGAAUACAGUUUUUCAUUCCCAGAGGUUGGCAGGUCUGCUUCUAUACCGCACUCAACUAGACAUUUAAGUGGGACUCUAAGUCAUACUUAAAUCUUUUAAAGGCAACAUCAUUAAACUCUGAAUAAUAUUAACAGUCAGGAAGGAAGAAAAAAAAUCAAAUCCAUGCAACCACUGUCAAGAUAUCUUUGUCUGAAAAAUCACUUAAUUUUCUAGACAAAGGGAAGGAAUAUGUUACAGCUCUGAUUUUUAAAUAUUUAAAUCAAAGUUAACCAAUGCUUUUAUACUGAGUUAAUACUGGCGAUGCUCUGUUUUGACAUUUUACAAUAAAAAUAUUAAAUCUUCCAAGUAUGUGGCAGAUUGUUUGUCGACUAGUGAUAUCUAUAGCCUACUUCCAAGGAUUAGUCAAUAUUCAAUACACUUGAUUACUUCAGGCUUUACUAACAUUGCAUCUAAUGUAGAAACUUCCAUAUAUAUAUUGAUACAGUAUUGUACAUUGUUUUUAUGAUAUGCAGCUUAAUACUUCAUAGGUUUCUGUGCACCAAUUCAUAUAACUGUCCUAGUUACACGAGCUCUUAUACACAAUAUAAAAUGUAUUAAAGACUUAAGAUAACUUAAGAACAGCUCUGUGAAA